CGCCUCCGUUGCCAGUCCCGGACGAUGCGGUUGUCUGUGCGCGUCCUCUCCGGUCUCUCCCCUUGCACACCCGGCACCGACCCCCGCGUUCACCUCCUCCGCCACAAACAGACACACGCCAGCCCGCUGCUCGCACGGCGUGUCGGUGUCACCCCUGCAGCCUGAGGCCUGUGCACCGACGCAGCGCUGCGGUGGAUCUGGACAUGGCGCAGCCGAGGGGUCCGGCUUGGAUGAAGGACGCGUUGCGCAGUGGAGGUUUCUCAACUUAGGGCAAACAGAGAACCACGCGUUUGACCUCAGCUUCGUCUGCAAGUGAUGCUCUGAGUCUCUGCUGCAGGGGAAACUGAACUCAGGACCCCGAGGCCCCCUUGGACCACUGCACAUCGAAUCCUCCACUGGUCUUCAGCCUCUCGUUGGUUCCUCGCAUCACUCGGAUAACGGGUCCGCAGCAGCAGCAGCAGCCAUGGUGGAUGUGGCAGAGUGCGGGGUGAGAGUGAUGUGUCGCUUCAGGCCCCUGAACGAGGCCGAAAUCAACAGGGGAGACAAAUACAUCCCCAAAUUCAAAGAGGACGACACCGUGGUGAUAACGGCCAAGCCGUACGUGUUCGACCGCGUGCUGCCUCCGAACACGUCGCAGGGGCAAGUGUACGACCAGUGUGCCAAACAGAUCGUGAAAGAUGUGCUGGGCGGAUACAACGGGACCAUCUUCGCCUACGGGCAGACGUCGUCUGGGAAGACACACACGAUGGAGGGCAAACUGCACGACCCCCAGCUGAUGGGAAUCAUCCCUCGCAUCGCCCACGACAUCUUCGACCACAUCUACUCCAUGGAUGAGAACCUCGAGUUUCACAUAAAGGUCUCUUAUUUUGAAAUCUACUUGGACAAGAUUAGAGACCUGCUUGAUGUGUCGAAGACGAACCUCUCGGUGCAUGAAGACAAGAACAGAGUGCCCUACGUCAAGGGUUGUACUGAACGUUUUGUGUCCAGUCCAGAGGAGGUGAUGGAUGUUAUCGACGAGGGCAAAGACAAUCGGCACGUGGCGGUGACCAACAUGAACGAGCACAGCUCCCGCAGCCACAGCAUCUUCCUCAUCAACAUCAAGCAGGAGAACAUCGAGACGGAGAAGAAGCUGUCGGGGAAGCUCUACCUGGUCGACCUGGCCGGCAGCGAGAAGGUGAGUAAGACGGGAGCUGAGGGCGCGGUGCUGGACGAGGCCAAGAACAUCAACAAGUCUCUGUCGGCGCUGGGGAACGUCAUCUCCGCUCUGGCCGAGGGAACAAAAACCCACGUGCCGUACAGGGACAGCAAGAUGACCCGGAUCCUGCAGGACUCACUGGGAGGAAACUGCCGCACCACCAUCAUCAUCUGCUGCUCGCCCUCCGUCUACAACGAGUCCGAGACCAAGUCCACGCUCAUGUUCGGACAGAGAGCCAAGACCAUCAAGAACACGGUGUCGGUGAACCUGGAGCUGACGGCCGAGGAGUGGAAGAAGAAAUACGAGAAGGAGAAGGACAAGAACAAGGGCCUGAAGAGCGUCAUCCAGAGGCUGGAGGCCGAGCUCAACCGCUGGAGGAACGGGGAGAACGUCCCGGAGGAGGAGCAGCUGAGCUCCAAAGAUCAGAAGAGCAUCGAGUGCGACAACACCCCCGUCAUCGACAACCUGCCGCCGGCCGGAGGAGGCGUCGCCGUCUGUGGCGAGGAGCACGGCAAGUUCGAGGAGGACAUCACCAACCUGUACAAGCAGCUGGACGACAAGGAUGAUGAGAUCAACCAACACAGUCAGCUGGCUGAGAAGCUCAAGGAGCAGAUGCUGGAUCAGGAAGAGCUGCUGGCGUCGACGCGGCGAGACUACGAGAAGAUCCAGGAGGAGAUGUGCCGGCUGCAGGCGGAGAACGAGCUGGCUAAAGAGGAGGUGAAGGAGGUGCUGCAGGCCCUGGAGGAGCUGGCCGUCAACUACGACCAGAAGAGCCAGGAGGUGGAGGAGCGGGAUCAGAUCAACAUGCUGCUGGCUGAGGAGCUGCAGCAGAAGACGGCGCUGCUGUCGGCGGUGCAGAGGGAGCUGGGUCAGCUGCAGGAGCUGAACGGGCUUCAGAGGAAGAGAGCCGCCGAGGUCCUCAACCUGCUGGUGCGGGACCUCAGUGACAUCGGCGCCAUCAUUGGCACCAGCGACGCCAAGUCCUCAGAGACGAACGGGAACGGCUCGGCGGUGGAGGAGGAGUUCACGGUCGCUCGCCUGUACAUCAGCAAGAUGAAGUCCGAGGUCAAGUCGCUGGUCAACCGCAGCAAACAGCUGGAGAGCGCUCAGGCCGACGCCCACCGCAAGAUCCAGGCCAAUGAAAAGGAGCUGUCAUCCUGUCAGCUGCUCAUCUCCCAGCACCAGGCCAAGAUCCGCUCUCUGACUGACUACAUGCAGAACAUGGAGCAGAAGAAGAGGCAGCUGGAGGAGAGUCAGGAUGCUCUGACUGAGGAGCUGACCAAACUGCAGGCCCAGGAGAAAAGACACGAGACGACGGGGCUGGAGAAGGAGGACAUCGGCCGCCUGGACGGAGGCGAGGACAUCAAGAAGACACUUGAGGAGCAGCUGGAGAACCACAGGGAGGCUCAUCAGAAGCUGCUCAGCCGCCUCCGAGACAAACAGAUGAUGCUGGAUGAACUGACCGAUCUGAACCAGGGUCUUUUACUGGAGCAGGAGAGACUCAUGUCAGACUAUGAGAAGGUGAAGGCUGAAGAGCAGGAGAAGGACGCCAAGCUGCAGAAACUCAUUCUGCUGAAUGAACAGAGGGAACAGGCCAAAGAGGACUUGAAGGGGCUGGAGGAGACUGUGGCCAAGGAGUUGCAGAGUCUCCACAACCUCCGCAAAAUGUUCAUCCAGGACCUCACCACCCGGGUCAAGAAGAGUGCGGAGCUGGAUUGUGAGGAGGGACUCGGCAACGGGGCCCAGAAACAGAAGAUCUCCUUCCUGGAGAACAACUUGGAGCAGCUCACCAAGGUUCACAAGCAGCUGGUCAGAGACAACGCCGACCUUCGCUGUGAACUGCCCAAGCUGGAGAAGCGUCUCCGGGCCACAGCCGAGCGAGUCAAGGCCCUGGAGAAUGCGCUGAAGGACGCCAAGGAGAACGCCAUGAGGGACCGCAAGCGCUACCAGCAGGAGGUGGACCGCAUCAAAGAGGCUGUGCGCUCCAAGAACAUGGCCAGGAGGGGCUACUCUGCGCAGAUCGCAAAGCCCAUCCGUCCAGGCCACCAUCCACUGUCAUCCCCCAUCAGCAGCUGCAUCAAGACCGGAGGCAUCUACACCCACUAAAACCACAACAGCAAGUCUAACCUUACGGACCACAGACGACUCCACGCAUGCCUGACCAGUCCACCUGGAGCCACAAGCCCCGCCCCUUACAGUCCGAGCACCAGCGGGAGAUCAUCACAACAGUUUGUCGUUUGAACAACACACCGAUUUCGUUUGCUCAGCGUAAAUAGCAGAGGCCUCAUGUCUAACUUUACGCAACAGAUCAAAGUUUAGCAGACGACUUGUUGCAUCUCUUUGUUUUUCACUUAUGACUGAAACAGACCAACCUCUAGAUUGUUAGUAUAAUCCUAAACCAGCAUUCAUUCAUUUAAAAAGACUACUUUUGGGAAAUAUGCUUAUUUGCUUUCUUAAAAAGAUGGGGGGGUGGUCUUUGAGAGUUUGUUAAGUUAAGGCGGAAAUGAAAUUCACCUACUUUAUGCAGUUAUUGACGCGCAGCUCGUAAUGUGUUGUCCCCCCCCUCAAAAUACUUUCUGUACAAAUAUCUUGAGCUGUGUCCUUUUUGACAAUCAUCCACUCAACCCGCCAUCGAGCUUUAGAACGUAUUUUCAUAAUCUGUGCUGUUUGUAUAAAAUCCGAUGUCCCUCGAAUAUUGCUGAAGUUGGACCUUCCCAUCCCUGAAGUCACACAUCUAAUCAUGUAUUAAGAAAGUGUAAAGAUUGAGUUAUACGGAUUUGUUUUGUCAUUUUAUCGUCUAUUUGCGUUCCAGGAUUUUUAAGUUUUAAAAUUGUUGCCUGCUUGUAUUGUUCUGUAGCCCUGCAGGGACACUGACCAGCCAAUCAGAUGUUCCUCGGACUUGGACAUUAGGAGAAGGCCUUUUUAAAUGUAACUAUACUGGAAAGUUCCUGAUCAUCAAGUCAGAGGACCUAAACCCCUAAGUCAGAUAAAAAAAGCAAAAGCAGACAAACUAAAGGCCCCCUUUAUCUUGAAAUUCCUGCCCUCUGAUUGGCUGAAAAGUCUGUUUUUACACUCUGCCACACAUUGUGCCUUUGGAAACACCUGGACCACCAGACUUCAGAAUCAACCAUGUUAAAUAUACUUGCAUAUAAAUGCCCCCGCACCUUCCUCAAAGCAAAAGAUUGUUCUCAACGAGAGCCCUUCCCCCUCUAGUCAGAGUUUUGUUUGUGCUUCCGGCUAAGCAUGUUUUUUGAAUGUACAUUAGCACCGGACGGCUCUUAAGGCGAAACAGAGUUUAAUUGCUUUCCAACAACGUCACGACUCAGAGCCAGAUUAUCUCCCUCCUCAUUGGAUGUCUAAUCAGUGGAGGUUGGUUGUGGGGACAGAUGCGUUCUUCCUGAACAAGUGAAUGUUACUGCAUGGAGUAGAGCUCGUGAUGAAAGGCAUGCUCAGGGAGGGUGAACUGUGUUUACCUCAUCGUGAUGUACAUUUUGAGUUUGCAAAUUGUUUUUGUUUUCAGUUCCCUUCGUUUCCUUUGGCUGUGGCAUCAUAUCUGAAUAUACCUACAACAGAUGAUAAUAAAGAUGUAUCUAUUUAACUUUCA